UGGUACCGGAAGUAGUACGCUGUAACGUCAUCUCGCGGGAAUUCAGUGUGCCAAAACGGAAGCGUCGUCACAGGACUACACAUGAUUCAAGUGUUUCUAGGACACUAUCGACUUCUUGGUGGUGUUAGUUUGUCUUAGGUGUCGAUGAAGGUGAUGGUGUGAGUUCUCUGCUGCCAUGAGUACUCUGUUUGCCUGUGAGGAUCCAGCAAUAUGGAGGGGUGUGUUUGUGAAAUACUGGGAUGUGGUGGAGGCUAAGGCCAAAGGCAAGAAACCUGGAAAGCUGCUGAACCUUGACAAGUGGUACCAAGAGGAGCUGCCCACGCUGAUUUCAAGUCGACCUGACAAACAUGUCACUCUGUCAGAGCUGGUGAAACUGAUGGAGUGGAAGCUCACUAGAGGGAAGUUCAGGCCACGGCUGCAGCAGCUGGUGACUUCCAACAGUGAGGACACUGUGGAGAAAUGUUCCAGAAAGGCCUUCAGCCUCCUGCCCGAUGUGCAGGCAGCAGUCGCAGAGCUCAGCUCACUGAAAGGAGUGGGCCCAGCCACAGCUUCAGCUAUAUUGGCAGCAGGAGCUCCAGAACAGACUGCAUUCAUGUCUGAUGAAGCCAUGGAGAGUGUACCAGGACUAAAGCCCAUCCAAUACACGGCCAAGCACUAUGCACUCUACCUGGGCAAAAUGGUUGAGAGGACUAACAAACUAAACAAAGUGGAUCCACAGCAGGACUGGACGCCUCACAGGCUGGAGUUGUGUUUGUGGGCGAUGACCAUAGCCAAGCAGCAGCAGCUCCCACUUCUAGAGGAUGUUGAUUUGAAGGUCAGCAGUGUGUCACAGAGGUGCCCAGACACUGACACUGGCCAAGGACCGGCAAAGAAGCUCAAAACAAGAUAAAAAAUUACUAUUGCUCUGUAUGUUUUACAUUAAACUUUCUUAAAUGUUGGUCAGCUGUUCUUCCACAAAAUAAUAAAGCUUUUAUAUCAAAUAGAA